UUCUAUCCAAGCUAUAUUUGCAACCAAGCUUUAGGUUGCAGUUUUAAAGCUCCCAGUAUGGACUACCCUCUUCUACCCGUUUUUACGAUACUCAAUCUUGUAUUGGUUGCAACUCAUGCUGCUUUACCUCCUGAACUUUACUGGAAGUCAGUGCUUCCUACCACGCCAAUGCCAAAAGCCAUAACUGAUAUCCUCCACCCUGGUUGGAUGGAAGACAAAAGCACAAAUGUGGGUGUAGGGAAAGGAGUUUCUGUAAAUGCAGGCCAUAAGAGAAAGGGGAAGCCUGCAACUGUUGUAGUUGGUCCACACUCACCUUUUGCUUACAACUAUGCUGCCACUGAGACUCAAUUACAUGAUGACCCUAGAGCAGCAUUAUUCUUCUUGGAAAAAGACUUGCACCCUGGAACAAAAAUGGACUUAAACUUCAUUAGAAGUUCAAAUGUAGCCACAUUCUUGCCUCGACAAGUUGCGUCUGCAACACCGUUUUCAUCCGAAAAGUUGAGUCAUAUCUUUAAUAAGUUUUCUGUCAAACCUGAGUCAGAGGAGGCUCAUGUCAUGAAGAAUACUAUUGAGGAGUGUGAAGACGCAGCCAUUCAAGGCGAAGAAAAAUAUUGUGCAACCUCGCUUGAAUCCAUGGUUGAUUUUAGCAUUUCGAAGCUUGGGAAAAGAGUUAAGGUUGUGUCUACUACGGUGGUAGACAACAAGAGUGCAGGGUUAAAGAAAUACACACUAAAAUCAGGAUUAAUGAAGCUAACUGCAGAGGAUAAGGCUGUUGUGUGUCACAAACAAAAUUAUCCAUAUGCUAUAUUUUAUUGUCACAAAACAGAGAGCACAAGAGCUUAUUUUGUUCCUUUGGAGGCCGAUAACGGGACUAGAGUUAAAGCCGACGCUGUAGUGAUAUGCCACACAGAUACAUCAAAAUGGAACCCCGAACACAUUGCCUUUCAAGUGCUCAAAAUUAAGCCAGGAACCCUUUCGGUCUGCCACUUUCUUCCUGUGGAUCACAUUGUUUGGGUUCCAGAGUAAUUAGUACUAUAUUUUACUGGCACCAAUCCUUUUACCCCGUCCUUGAAUAAUUUGCACUGCUUUGUUGCAUAUUUUUAUUGUUUGUUCAUAUGUAUUUUUACCAUGAUGUGUUAUGUAUGUAUAUUUUGAAUGUUA